AUGGCCUCCAUGUUAAAGACUCAGUUCGGCACGCAACGGAUUAGUACACACAUUUCCGCAACUAAGCGUACUGUUCGAAGUUCCGUAAUAGCUUCAGCGGAAUCGCGCCCAUUAUGGAUGCCAGGAACAGCUGCUCCCUCCCAUCUCAAGGGUAUGCUUCCAGGUGAUUAUGGAUUCGAUCCGCUUAAUCUCGGUGAAGAUAGCAAAGAUUUGGAUUGGUAUGUUCAAGCCGAAUUGCAACACGCCCGUUGGGCUAUGCUAGGAGUUGCUGGUAUGGCUGCGCCAGAACUCCUUACCAUGUUUGGUGUUUCUGACCUGCCAAAUUGGCACGAUGCACCUUUCUACAACGGUUAUUUUGCUAGUUCAACCACCCUUUUCACUGUUCAAAUGUUCAUGAUGAACUGGGCCGAGAUCCGUCGUUGGCAAGAUAUAAAGAAUCCGGGUUCUGUUUCUGAGGAUCCAGCUUUUCCAGGCAACAAGCUUCCAGCGGGUGAUGUUGGAUAUCCUGGCGGAAUUUUUAAUCCAAUGAAUUAUGGAAAGAGCACUGAUGAAUUGAAAGCGCUCAAAGCUAAAGAAAUUGCGAACGGGAGGCUCGCAAUGGUAGCAGCUCUCGGCUGUUUUAUCCAGUAUGAUCACACUGGAGUAGGUCCAGUUGAAAAUUUAACAAGCCAUUUGAGUAAUCCAGGAGUGAACAAUGUUUUCAAAGCUGCCUUUAUUGGUUUUUAA